AUGAGUACAGCCAGAUUCAAAAAAACAGAAUUUAGAAUAUAAGAGUUGUAAAAUGAAAUAGAUACUCUUAUGAUUCAACUCUAAUCUAACCCAAAGAAUAAUUCUUCAUCUUAAUCAGAACAUUUGUAAAUGAUCAUCGAGGAUUUGCAUUCUACUAAUUUUCAAACAUAAGAACUCUCAAAAGAAUCAGAAUAAUUAACUGAUGCAUUAUAUUCUUAAUCUGAUCAUGAUGUCAUAUUAACAUAAGCAUAAAUGAAAAAAAUACAAUAUUCUUUGAAUCAGUCGUUAUCAAUCACAAAAUAAGUAAUUUUACUUUUAUUAUUUAGAAUCUAAUAAAUGUGGAAAAAGAGAUUGAAUUUAUUGAAAAAGCUUUGUAAACUACUCUAGAAUAAAAUAAAAUUUAUAAUGAUAGUUUGAAUAAAUUUAAAGAAAACUUUAAAAUGUGUGAUAAUUAAGUUGUAAAAGUACUUGACCAAAAUGCAUAUAAUAAUUGGAAUAAAAUUAAGUAAUUUUUUGAUUUUGAUGUUAUUUAAACUUCAAUCCCUUUAGGACUUAUUAUGAAAUUAUAAUUAUACAUCCUUAAAUUAACUGAAGUGUGUAAUUCUAAUUCAAUUAAAGCUAAACAGCAAAUUAAUGAAGAUUUAACAACUCUUUUAAUUGAGAUAAACUCCUAAAACUUAUUAUUUUAAAAUAUUAAUUUACUUGAAUAGUCCAUAACAGCAGUGUUAAAAUCUAAUAAUAAAGUCAAUCUAUUUUUAUUCAUUUAAAAAUGUUUAAACUCUAUGCAUUUUAACUUUUGCUAAUUAGCUCAAAUCUUUAACCAGCACAAUAUAUCUUAUAAAAUUUAACUUUAAAUAUAGUAAGAAACGAGCACUAAGAAUUAAAGUUUAAAAUAAUUGUAGAGCAAAAAAUCAGUAUUUAUGAUAGAAAUCGAAAAAUAUAAAAAAUAAAGUAAAGAACUAACUACAUAACUUACUUAAUUAGAUAAAUAAUUAGAAAAAUAAAUAGAAGCUGAAACUUAACAUCUCUUAACUAUGUACUUGAGAGAUAAAGAAUAAAGCAUAUCUGAAAUUAAAAAAAAAUACGGAAAAAAAUAUUUUGAUGGUAUGCUCUCGGAUGUAAAGCAAGAAUUUAAGAAAAUCUGCCUAAAUUAGUAAGUUUAAUAUGCUAAUAGUAUUGAUUAAGCUUUUUUAAGAGUGGAAGUCAUUAAUUCACAAUUAAUCAAGAAUAAAACUAAAGCACAAUAAUUAAUUUAAGAAUAUUCUUAAUAGAAAUUUAAGAAAUCUAGUAUUUUAAUUUUAUAAUUAAAUGGAAUAGAUAAAAGGGAAUAUUUGUUAGAAUUGUAGUAAUGCAAAAUAUCACUUUUGCAAAUAGAAAAUAAGGUAGAGAGAAAAAUUCAAUUAUAAGAUUUAGAUGAAUUGUUAUUAUAAAUUUAAUAUCAAAUUAAUGACAUCAAAUUAAGAAUCUAAGCAAGUAAUAUUCCUUAAAAGAUAAGAAGUGAUUCGAUAGAUACAUAAAGAAAGACUAAUAGAACUAUUGAACAUCAUAGAUCAUAAUCAUAAACUCCUAUACAGUCACCUAGAGUGGUUGUUCCUUAGAUUACUUUAUAACUUUUGAAUAUUAAUUUGCCAAUUAAUAACCCAAAAGAGAUAUUUGACUCUAGUGAAGAUCCAAUUAAAUCAAAUUAGAGUUAAUUGUAAUUAAGUUUUUGUGAAAAUUAGAGUAACAAAAGCAAAGAUCAAGAAAAACUAAGUAAAACAGUUUUAGUUUAAUUUAAUUCAAGUAGUAAAAUAAUUUAAUAAUAAAAUAAUGUUGAUAGUCUCAUCAAUUCUAGAAACGAUGAAAAUUAAAAUAAUGAAAAUCAAUAAUAAAAUUAACAUUAGUCAAAUCCUCAAAAAAAGCCUCAAUUAAAGGAAGUUAGAAAUAUUAUGAAUAAUUCAGAAUAAAUUUAAAAUAGUUUAAAAUCUAGUAGAACAAAAAAGGAAUAAAAAUAAAUUAGUGAUUGUAUCAAUAAAAAUAAAUUAAAUAUUUUAAUUUAUUUAAAAAUACAAGAUUCUGAAAUUGCAUAUGAUCCUAUUUUAAAUUAUGAUAAUGAUCCAUUUAUAUUUGGAUAUAGAUUGUUUAGAAUAGAUAAUUAGUUAAAUGUAAGUUAUUUUUAAAAUAUUAUAAGGUUUACAAAUCUUAAGAGGAAAAAAUUAAUUUAGAAAAAUUUGAUAAUUUAGAAGAAUUAAGAAAUCAAUUUAAUAUAAAAUAUACUUAAUUAGAGAAUAUCAAAGAAAUAGAAAUUGUAAAUAUAAUUUAAAGAUUUAUUAGAAUAGUUGUAGUAAGACUGCAUUAAAAUUUUAAAAUAUAUAUGAAUCAACACUCAGACAUGCUUGUGUAGACAGUUUAGCUUUAAGACAUUUGAGAGUUCGCUUUUUUCCUUUUGUAUUUGUAGGAAACCAGUAAUCUCAUGUAGGGUUGGCUGUAAAUAAAGAUGAUUUAUAAUCUUUACAGAAGUUAUUCUCAAAAUGA